CAGAUGGCGCGAGUGCCGGGUUUUACCUGACAGGUUGGUUUUAACGACGGUGAUUGUUGGUGAAAAAAAAAUUUCUGUUUUUCAUUCCAGAGAACAUAUCACGUUUAUUCUGGGGAGUUCUCAAGAUCGUUAGAAAACGGGGGAACCUUCUGUUCAGCCGAACGUUUAUUCGAUUAAACAGUGAUGCAAAUUAUAUUUUGAUUGAAUCAACACACACACACGAGCUUUUUCUGUAAGGUGCACGUCAAGGAUCCCCGUUUUAGUUCCAUCAAGCCACACAAAAACAAUCAAUAUGAUCAAGAUGCCUUUAUUUGGAAAAUCACAAAAGUCACCAGCCGAGGUUGUGAAAGCAUUAAAAGAGGCAGUGACUUCUUUGGAGAAGGGCGAUAAGAAGCUCGAAAAGGCACAAGAAGAUGUGAGCAAAAACUUACUUUUGAUCAAGAAUAUGCUGUACGGUACAUCAGACAGCGAGCCCCAGACUGACAUUGUAGUCGCCCAACUGUCUCAGGAACUCUACAACUCUGGGCUGUUAGUGCUGCUCACUCAGAACUUGUCUCGAGUGGAUUUUGAGGGCAAGAAGGAUGUGGCGCAAAUAUUCAACAACAUUCUUAGACGACAAAUUGGUACGCGUUCUCCAACUGUGGAAUACAUUUGCACCAAGCCAGAAAUUCUUUUCACGCUAGUGCAAGGGUAUGAGCACCAGGAUAUCGCGUUAAAUUGCGGUACGAUGUUGCGUGAAUGCGCCCGAUACGAGGCUCUAGCCAAAAUUCUCCUCUACUCUGAGGAGUUUUAUAAUUUUUUUAAAUUUGUGGAAGUAUCUACGUUUGACAUCGCCUCAGACGCCUUUUCGACUUUCAAGGAGCUGUUAACCAAGCACAAGAUUCUGUGCGCCGAGUUCCUGGAAGCCAACUACGACAAAGUUUUCGCCCAUUACCAAGGGCUGCUUAAUUCCGAGAAUUACGUGACCCGCAGACAAAGCUUAAAACUACUCGGUGAACUACUUCUCGAUCGUCACAACUUCACGGUGAUGACUCGGUAUAUUUCCAAUCCGGACAAUUUGAAGCUGAUGAUGAACAUGCUGAAGGAGAAGUCGCGCAACAUCCAAUUCGAGGCUUUCCACGUCUUCAAAGUGUUUGUGGCCAACCCCAACAAACCCAAGCCUAUUCUGGACAUUUUGCUACGCAAUCAGGAGAAAUUGGUCGAAUUCCUGACCAAGUUCCACACGGAUCGAUCCGAGGACGAGCAGUUCAACGACGAAAAGGCUUACCUUAUAAAACAAAUCAAAGAGCUCCGACCUCCCGAGAAUUAGCCGCAUCCGUCGCCAAGUCUAUCUUCUACCAAAAUCCUUCUUCUUUACUCCCAAACCUUUUUUUUUUCUCUCCAAUCCCCCAACCACCACCUCCUAGCCUCCUUCUUGAUCCGCACCCCGCCCUCAUUCUUCCCCCUUCACAUGCUUGACUUUGUUUGUUUGGAGAAAAAAAGAAAAAUUAUCCACGGUCGUGCUGUGUAUUAAUCGAUGAGCAGAGAGUUAACUUCCUUUAAUUCAACAACUACCCAAAAAAACACAAACCACAACAAAAAGUAAGUGUUUUCGCUUCUUCUUCUUUUAUUAUUUUUUCCCCUUCAUCUGGAAAAAAACGAAGAAGAAGAAGAAAAGAUCAAAGAAUUAAAAAUCUGAGAAGUUUUUGGAGGAUCCACCAUGCUUGAGAGAGCUAACAUUUCUGUUUAGGAUUGUUUGUCUUUUGCGCACACAAAAAUUCCGUUGGAAAUUUUGAGAUUGUACGAUUUAAAAAAAAAGAUAAGAAAAAAGAAAGGGUUUGUUUGCAGCUCUGCCCAAAACGCUGGUCUUUUGAAGUUGUUACUAAAACUUUUUUUUCGGUUUAAAUCGUAUGAAAUCGUCCCUUUUGGAGGGCAGAUAGAAAUUUAGAGGCCUAGUGCGUUGUAGAAUUUGAAAAUAAGAAAAAAUAGCAAUCAAACAGCCGAAUCUUUAACUCUCUCUCUCAAUUUAAAACUUAUUAUUAUAUUACCUAAAAUGACACAGACAUACACACACACCCUCCAUCUUACUUGCUUAACAACUUGGAACGAUGUAGAAGCAAUUCUCUCGUGGAGAAUGAAAAUCAAGUUUGAAUUUGACAAAAAUCCGUGUCGCAUUUCUCUGCCAAUCCUGUUAAGGAUUGUCCGAUCUUCCAUUAAUUUCAUUCAUUUUUU